AUGAAGAACGCAUAUCUCCUUUCAGGCACACUUCUCCACGCGGCCUUUGUCGCAGGCAUAGUUCACCCCGGUCUCCUGCACACGGACGACGACUUCAACCGAAUCCGCGGCUACGUCGAGGACGCGGCCGAGCCAUGGCUGACAGGCUGGAACAAGCUCGCCGCGCGCGCCAACUCAAGCUACGAGCCCAAUGCAGCAGAAACUGUCUGUCGUGGUGCAUCCUGGUGCGUCCCACAGAACUAUCCAGACUUGUACCGCGACGCGGCGGCAGCGUAUGCCAACGCCAUAUACUGGAAGGUCACUGGUGAGACAGCAAAUGGGGAUGCCGCCGCUUCGAUCUUGGAUGCAUGGAGCAGCACCCUUACUACGGUUACCGGUAGUUCGGAUAAAUAUCUGGCGGCGGGGCUGUAUGGGUACCAGCUUGCGAAUGCGGCAGAGAUCCUGCGAGACUAUGACGGGUGGGAUGGAUUGACUGCUACGGUCGACAUGAUGCAGUCGGUCUUUCUCCCCUUGAAUAGUGACUUCUUGGUCGCCCACAAUGGGGCGGUCAUUGACCAUUACUGGGCUAAUUGGGAUCUCUGCAACUUAGCUAGCCUGCACGCUAUCGGAGUUCUCAGUGACAACCAGACCGCAAUUGACCAGUCCACGGACUACUUCCAGAAUGGGGCAGGAAUGGGCGCGCUGGAUAAUCUCAUCUGGACGCUUUUCACCGAAGAAGGCAGCGGGAAAGCGCUUGGUCAGGGUCAGGAAUCGGGCAGAGACCAGGGACACAGUCUACUUGAUUUUGCCCUUGCUGGCGUUCUUGCCCAACAGUCUUAUAACCAAGGGUUGGACCUGUUUGCCUUGGAGGACAAUCGGAUUCUUGCAGGGGCUGAAUACGUCUUCAAGUACAAUACCGGCCACGAUGUUCCAUACAGCACCUAUACGAACUCCCAAGGUACAAUGUCCGUCAUUGGGUCUAGUGGCCGGGGUGCAAUGAGACCUAUUGCGGAGCUGCUGUAUGCACACUACAGCGGAGUCAAGGGACUGAAUGCAUCGUGGACGCGAGAAUACCGGGAUCUCGCAGUGGAGGAUGGAGGUGGCGCGGAGGGAGGUGGUGGCGACUACGGAUCCACCAGCGGCGGCUACGACCAGCUUGGGUUUGGAACCGUGCUAUUUCGUUUGGAUGAGUAG